GAGAGAGACCAACGAGAGAGAUGGAGGGAGGAAGGGAUAAGGUUUGAGGGGCAGGGGUAAAAUGGGAAGUCCACAUAUGUGCAGUUCAAAAUCUGGUUGAAUUUGGGUCCAAAUCCUUCAAAGGGCAAAUGUGCGAAGCCACCACAGUUGAGGAGGGCAAAUGGGCGAAGCACUUUUAUAUAAGAGCAAAUGGGCAAAGCUCACUCCUGAAGAGGGCAAAUCUCCAAUUUUCUCGUCGCCACCGUGCAAUGUCUCGGCGCCCCAAAACCCCAAUACUCUCCUCCACCGAUGCCGCGGCCCGGCCCUGGCUAUCCGUCGCCGGCGAUGAUGAUGGUGGCGGAGCUGGAGGCCGCCGUCGCCGCGCUCCUCGGCAAGAGGGACGCCCUGCGGGAGGCCUUUGACCGCCUCGCGGCCUACUCCCCUUCGCCGCUCCCCUUCGCCUGGGAGGACCUCGACGCCCACCUCUCCUCCCUCCAUUGGUCAAUCUCGUUGUGGUUCCGCCAGGUGCGGGCGCUCGAGGCCGCCCGCCCUACACCCGCUGCUGCCGCGCCUGGGGGAACUAACGGCGACGGGACGGGAGAAAGCCCGGAGGGGGAGGUGGUGGUGGAAAUGGAGGAGGAGGUUGUGGAAGAGGAGGAAGAGGUGCUGGAAGCGGAGGAGGAGGUUGUGGAAGAAGAUGAAGAGGUGGUGGAAGAGGAUGAAGAGGUGCUGGAAGGGGAGGAGAGGGUGGUGGAACAAGAGGAGGAGGAGAUGGCCAAUGAAGAGAUGCAGGAAGGCGCCAGCAGCGAGGCAGACGAUACGAUUGGCAAGGAUGGGAAGGACGAGAAAGAGGGCAGAGAUGAGGUGAUGGAGGAAGAGGAAGUUGUAGAGGCGGCCGAUGACAAGAUUGGCAAUGAGAUAAAGGAUGACAAGGAUGCAAGGGAGGAGAUGCAGGUGGCCAAUGAGGAGGGGCAGAGUACCGAAGAUGGCAAGAAGGCCUCUUGGGACGGGGAGGAUGCCAACAUGAAGGAGGAGCAGAGUACCAAAAACGCCAAGAAAGCCUCUCAGGACGAGGGGGAGGAGGAGCAGAGUGUGGAAGAUGCUAAGAAAGCCUCUCUGGACAAGGAGGAGGAGGAGCAAAGUAAGGAAGAUGCUAAGAAAGCCCCUCUGGACAAGGAGGAGGAUGGUGACAUGGAUGAGGCAGCAACCAACAAGGCAUCUGCAGUGCAGGGCAAGGAGCAAGAGGCUUGCAAUGAGAAGGAAGUGGAAGAAGAUGAGCAGGAGGCUCACAAGGAGGAGCAAGAUGCCAAAAAUACUGCAAGGGAGGAGAAGGCCAAGAAUGUGUCUCAGGACCAGGGUAGUGGAGCUCCUCCAGGUCCAAUUGAAUUUGAUUAUCUUUCUGCAGCAGUCAUAAGCAAUGGAUGCACCGAGGUUGGUCAUGCUCAUAUAUACCAAUGUCGGGCUUAGCUCAAAGUUCCAUGCUGCAAUGAGUCGUGCCCCGGAUGGUGCAGCACUGUCUCUCCGCAUAGUUGAGUUAUUCCUACAUGACAAGACGUUUAAGACCAACAAGAUCUGGAACAACUGUGUUGGGCUGAUUCAAACAGUACCUGAAGUUGUUACCAAGCUUUCUACAGAAUCCAUUGAGCACGCGAAGCAGCUGGCUAAGGAUUGGAAGGAGAUGAUUGACAAUCCAAGGAGUUGGAUGACCCUGGGCAGCCUGUCCUCAUGGGUCCUCCUCAACUUCCUCAUCUCAUAUAACAUUGUAUCAGAGUUUGACACAAAGGAGAUCUUCCGAAUCUUUGGUACCAUCCCACGCAAACAGAAGACGAAGAACCAUUCCGUGCUUCUUAAGGGUCUUGGACUCGCCGAUAGGAUCCCAGAGUUAAUGGACUAUUUGAUUGGAAAUGGGCAACAGAUGAAUGCUUUAUAUUUGGCACUUUUUUUAAUUUGGUGGACAAAUAUCCUCCACUUUGUCUUCUGAAGGGAUAUGUUGAAAAGGCGAAACGGACUGUUAUGGAAAUAUCUCAAAAGAGUAUGACACGCCAAUCCCUGAGAGAGGUUAUAAUAAAGGAGAUUGAUAACCUAAGAAUGGCGCAAGAUCUAGCUAAGCAAUGUAUCACUGAUUCUGGCCUACGCACCGGUAUCAUGGCAGAAAUCCACGUUUUGCUACGUAAAUUUGGAAAAAAGAAGCGGAGUUUAGCAGAUGCCUCUACUGCAUUAACUUCAAAUCCACAGCAGCAGAAAACGGAGAGCAGCAAGAAGCGCAAGAAAGAGCAGGCGCAGGAUCAUCACAUGGGACAAGAAAAUCAGCAGGAAAGGCAACAGAGUAAGCCAGAAGAGUUAACUUCAAAUCCACAGCAACAGAAAACGGAGAGCAGCAAGAAGCGCAAGAAAGAGCAGGAGCAGGAUCAUCACAUGGGACAAGAAAACCAGCAGGAAAGGCAACAAAGCAAGCCAGGAGAGAAGCUGGAGGAGAAACAAAAGAAGCCGCAACAGGAGCAGCAGCAGAAGAACCAAAACAAGCCACAAAAGGAGCAGCAGCAGAAACAAGAAGAUAAGUUGCAGGGGCAACAGAAAUGGCCGAGGCGACGUACUGCCAAGUUACCAGCACUGACUUCUCCCGCGGCGUGGACCGUGCUGCUGAGAGGCAACUCUGGGCAUCCACCCUGUGCCGCAAUGCAGGGAGUUCAUCACGCUUACCCUGCCCAACCAGGCUGGCCUGGGGUUCAGGGAGUCCAUCACGCUUACCCUGCCCAACCAGGCUGGCCUGGGGUUCAUUGCGCACCGCCUUUCACGCCACAGCUUGGAGCACCUGAGUACAUAGGACCUUUUGAUCCCUUCUACCAUCGUCCACAGUUCUAUCCCUGGUAGCUGCAGCUGCUGCAUUUGGGUGGUUGCUCGCACGCCGAGUGCAACACAGGUUAGGUAACAGUAGGAGUUCAGUUCAGAGAAGUAGCCUGGCAUUUUGGUUGGUUUCUUCGACACUGGAGUUGUGUUUCUUCUAACCUCCAUGUACUGUACAGUCUGUACUGUACCGCAGCGGCCUUGGGUGACAUGUAUAUAUUCGUCUGUUGGUCACUCACUGUCUUGAUGGGUCACUCCAAAACUCUUGUAAUUCUAAGUGCACCUGGGGAAGAAAGAAAGGACUCAUGUUAUGCUAA